GGGGAUUUCGAAGUGAGACGUUUCACUGACACACGCACUGUGGUGCUUGUUGUAAGUUGGUCGUCAAUAAUCACCCACUUCGUAAUCACUGUGAUAUCGCGUGGGCAUUGUGAGAUGGAUAGAGACUCACUUCUUAUGGCAGUUUCUUCUCUCCUAGAUCCAACUAUUGAUAACGAUCAGCGAAGUAAAUGCUUCAUGGUAGCUGAGAAUUACAAGAAUGAGCAAUUCCAGUAUGCUGAUGUUGACUUUCUGUGUAAUCCGAACCAGCCUUCUGCUAUCAUACUUUUUGGACUUCAGUGUUUAGAUCAUUACUUAAAAAAUCAUUGGGGUCAGAUGGGGUUUCAUGCGAAAUCCAGCCUGAAACAAAAUAUUUUUAAACUUUCAAGAGAAAUAAAUAAUUUUCGGUUUUCUAGAGAAGAAAUGCGCGCUUUCACUCUAAUGUUGAGUCAAAUUAUCGUUUUCCUCAUCAAGUGUGAAUGGCCUCAGCAAUGGCCUACUAUGUUACCUGAAUUCCUGUCCCUUGGAAAAUUAGGGAUUCCCCAAACUAAAUUAGUGCUGAAUUCAUUCUUAAGAUUGUACGAAGAUGUUAUACAAUUCCAAGAUGCUCCACCAUCUCGACGGCGUGAUAUUUUAACAGGUCUGAAUGACAACUUGACCGAGAUAUUUGUUUUUGCACUUGAUAGUAUUGUCAACAGACUCCCGAAUGCCGAUUCAUUCAUCGACUGCGACUCACUUGACAUCUGUCGUGAGUCAUUAUGUACAUUGGGAGGGUUCCUAGAGUCAUGUCGUCUAAAUGUUUUGACUUCUUGGACCCCUUCAGAAAUCGCUAUCAAAAACCUCAACCUUAGUCGCACCUUGCCAUUUCUGAGUUUAAUUACUACGCUCGUUGGGAUUAGAAGUUUACAAACCGAUGCUCUAAGUUUGAUAAAUAUCUUGCUAUCCAGACGAAUACAACCGGGAUCCGAAAUUCCAGAUUCAUAUGGCCCAACUAUAGCUGACAGUUUUCUGAAAGAGCCUUUGGGAUCUUCAUCUCCAUGCAAUAAUCUCAUAAAAGUUUUAUGUUCUACAUUAUCCGAAAAUCCCGAGUAUUCUGAUGAACGUUACAACUUCUUAAGGCUAUUUGGUGAUAUUGUAGUCCAUAUUGGUUGUCAUAUGAUUAUCCAUUGGAAGGAGUAUUCAUAUGAAUCCGCUCUCUGCAAUUGCUUGGACAAUGGUGUAUGUGAAUGUCCUAACCUACCAUCACAUCUCUUCCAGGCAAUUUUACGUUUGACUGCCUACCCAAUCCAAGUGAUGUCAGCGUGCACUAACAAAUUUUGGAUCACCGUUCUUCGUUCAGACGAAAAAUCUUUACUAAAGUUAACUGAAAGGUUUGCGGAUGAUUUAUUUAGCAUUUGGCGAAAGAAUUCAUUAAAAGUUGGUCAACCAUCUGGUACUGGUCUUCAAAGUGAGUGGAACCGAAGAAUUUUCGAAACCGAUGAUCAUACUAGUUUUUUCUCCCGAUACCGAAGUGAUUUAGUGAAGUGUUUGUCAGCUGGAGCGUCUUGCUGGCCACAAAAAGUUUUACUUUUGUGUAUAUCAUGGAUUGAAACACUAAUCCAAGCAUCUCCUUCCUGUCAAGAUUAUGAUCCAAUUACUAAAUUCCUGUUAGCGACUUCACCACUUAUACUCGAAUGGGAAGCUUUAGAUUCGUUUCUAGAACCAUGUCUAUCAGCUGUUGAACAAUCAUUGGAGGCUCUUCAUAUUGAUAUGGAUGUUAGUUCAAAAGUAAAAAAUUUGAUUCAUGGGAUUUUACAAUCUUCAAAUAGUAUGGAUCCACUCCUUCGUGCUAAGCAUCUAGCUUGUUUAUCAAUGCUAUUACAACAUGUUGAUUCAAAUAAUGAUUCAGAACUUCUGGUACCCUUUUUAAAUAAGAUUUUUGAAUCUUUAAACUCUUGUCCUGUUGUGGAUGAAUCUCCAUCUUUAAUCGAUACACUUGAUUUUGUAAAUAGACCACGGCAAGUUAAAACUAUGCACUUAGCAUCUGCAACAUCAUUUCUUCGUUUCACUCGUGCUCGUCCUAUAAGAAUGAUGCCUUAUUUUGAUAAAAUAUUAAAUGAAAUAAAUAAACUUUGGAUGGAGAAAAUUUGUGGAAGUAUGGAGAAAGGUAUUCUUUUAGAAGCUUUAGUGAUACUUGGCUUUCGUGUUCCUCAGCCAAUCAAUGUACAGUUCAAUUUUCUUCAAAGUUUACUUGCCAAUGUUUAUGGUCCAUGGUGUGGUCAAGAUCCUUACAACAUGACACCACUUUCAGAACUAUUGCGCUCAUGUGAAUCUGGGGCACCUGGUUUAGUCGCAGUUUUAGGCCUUGAUAAACCUUCUGACCAAUUGGGGAACUUUGAAUCUCCAUAUGUUCAAACCCGGAUAAAUUUGAACCACAAUGUUCGUUCGUUAUUGGCUGUUUGUAGACGCCUCGCAGAACCGUGCAAUUAUCAGCAGCUUGAAAAUAUUUCACUACCCAUCUUGGAACCCGUUUUAUCACCAGUUCUACAUGUUCUUCGAGCAUUUAACGAACUUUGGUUACCGGAAACACUGAAACUAGUUCAUCCAACUUUACUUCCUGUAUUACAACAUACAGAUGAAAUUCAACUAUGUUUACUGAAUUCUCAAUUUCAAAAUAUACUCAAAUCUGUAGAUGUUACGAAUCCUUCGUUACACCGAUUGCGCACUUUUCUCAAUGACUGUCAUGAGAACUUAAUGGGGAUAGUUGGCUUUUUAUUUGUUUCGUUGGGGUCGAAAUUCUAUCGUUUACCUACCGAACAGUUAAGAAUUGCAUUGCACGAUGGUUGCUGUGCUGCAUUUGAACAUUUGCCUGACCUCAAGCUAAAUAGUCUUCUACGAUCUAUUCUUCGUCCAUUUAUCCGUCAGUGUCCUAGACAGUAUUUUGAAACUGCCAUCGCUCCCUUGGUCCCACCAGUAAUUGAAGCUGCUAUUAAGAGAACUGAAGCAAGAUGGAAUGAAUUAAUCAUGGCCGAAGGACGUAUCUGUGAUGACGAAAAAGCAGUUGCAGCUGAACUUGUACUAGACAGAUCAACUCGUCUGUUAAGUCGAACGUGUUUGGAUAUAUUGCGCUUGAUUUACACUUUCAAUGGUUAUGAAAUAUCUGAACAAUUUAAUCCUCCCAAGGAAGAUGAUGGAGAGUGCGAUGAUGAUAAUGAUGAUGUAGACAUGUCAGAAAGUAUAUAUGCAAAUGGUCAGUCGGGUACAAAUAGUUCACUUGGACAUUUAACAAAAUUAUUGGCAAAUAUGCACGUUAUGUCAUCGGAACCAGACUAUAAUGCCCAGAAUCUUCCUUCAGAUCCUUUGUUCUUACGUUCAUUGACGAAAAUUUUAGCUUGGCCUGAUACUUCAAUUUGCUCGAAAGCUGCUCAAUGGAUAUCAAUUCUAGUUGAGAUGCUGACCAAUACCGUCACCCAGACUAAUUGUGGUCCAAAAAUUGCUACCACACAUUUAUCUCCUAAUAUUGCAGAAUUUAUUUUAUUCGGAAUCUUAUGUGGUCUACAUGUAAAUGGUAAAAAUGCUGAAAAUGCUUUAAACUGUUUAUUAUAUGCUGGAAUUAAAACUUAUCUGUCUGUGGAUAUUAUUGUGGCCAGACAAAAUUUACGAUCUGUUAUAAUUCGCGUUUUAAUGGAUACAUUAAAUGGUGAUAAAACUAAAGAAGGCCAAAUACAACAACAAAUUCAAAUUUUUGAGGAAAAAAUGUUUGGUAACCGAGACAAACCGGCAACAAUGCGGGCGAGGCGUGAUGCUUUUAAAAAAAUCGUCGACCCUAUUAUUGGAGUUCCUCUCAGCCAACGUUUUCGUAAUGAAUUCCAAAUACACAGUAUACCUCCUCUGCACCGACCCAAGUGGAUUCGUAUACGUGAGAAAAGGGAUACAUCUCAUAUUGAAAACGAUUUCGGUCUUACAAAUUUAUUUACUAAUGCAACUAACUAAAUUGGAGAAAUUAUGAUUGUGUACAUUUCUUAUUAAUGAAGUUUUUGUUUCCAUUUCUUUUACACCUCUAACAUCAAUAAUUGCUUUUGUUAUAACUGAAAUUUUAUACCAAAGUUGACAAGACAGUCAGUAGUUGAUAUCGUUUAAGUUCAGCAUAAUAAAUCCUGGCUUAAGUGUCAAUCAUAAUCAUCACUGUAACUCCGCCCUUCUAGGUUUAAUGCCUUGCUAAAAAGCGCUAACCAGAAUUAACAAUUUGAACUCUGCCUUGAGAGUUGAAGGAUCUUCAUUUAGAAGAAUUAUAACGCCUCAUGUUAAAUGCCGAGAUUAUUCGGAAGUCACGAGGCCGAUGCCCAUUCUAACAACCAGAGGAACAAUUAAUAUAGGUACAUGGAAUGUCCGAACAACGUGGGAGACAGUGAGGACUAAUCAAAUAGUUACGGAAUUGAGGAGAUACAACUUGGAGGUGCUCGGAAUAAGUAAAACCCACUGGACCCAAGCUGGGCAGAAAAGAUAAGGUUCAGUAGAAACUCUGUUUUACUCUAGUCAUGAAGAAUAAAAUGCUUCACAUACACAAAAUGUGAAGGCACGGAUCGGCAAAGCAAGGGUAGUAUUCCUACCAUUGAAGAACGUAUGGAACUCAAAACAACUGUCAGCCAACAUCAAAGUUAGAAUCUCUUAUGCGAACGUCAAGAUAGUUCUAUUGUACGGAACUGGAACUUGGAGAAAUACUGGAAGCAUCAUCAGGAAGAUACAAGUAUUUAUAGACAAUUGUCUACGCAAGAUACUGAAUGUCCGCUGACUAGAUACCAUCAAUUACAGCCUACUGUAUGAGAGAACAAAGCAACUUCCAACUGAAGAGAAAAUUAGGAAAAAGCGCUGAAAGUGGAUAGGACAUACAUUAUGGAAAUCACCAAACUGCAUCAUGAGGCAAGCGCUAACUUUCGAUUCUGAAGGGAAACAGAAAAUCGGAAGACCAAAGAACACGUUGCGCCGGGAAAUAGAAGCAGACAUCGAAAGGAUGAAUAGAAACUGGAAAGGAGGGUUCAAGGGUUGGAUGGAGAAUGCUGGUGGGUGGCUUAUGCUCUUACACAGGGUGUGACAGGCGUCCGUAACAAAAGUGUACCUCAUUCUGAGAACUGUUGCGUGAGACACUUCAUAUGAUGGUUAAUUUUUAAAUAAUGUAAGCACUGCAUUUAUUUUUACUCUUGCAAUGGAUAGACAAUUCCCAUUUAAACAUUAAAAACACGACGUUUAGCGACCGGAUCUCUUUCCAACGAAUUUAUUAUCAAGCUGUACAAUGUUGUUAAAAUCUUAAGAACAAGAGGAUAAUAACCCCAGACUUAUAUGAUCACAUUCGUCCAACGGGUUCGACCACCCCGCGCUUACCGGUUAAUGAAAAAAAUUGGAACUAGUUAGAAGGCAAGUAUCUAAAUAUUCUACUCAAGAUACUUUUUAAUUUACUGAUCGUGUUAAGGACGUUAAUACUUUGGAAAACACGUGUUCUUGUGUGGCGUUAAUUCUUUGUUCACUAGUGUACCUUUAAUUGAAACGAUAUGCCAUAUAUGUGGUUUUAACAACAUAGAUCUAAGUCUGCCAACUGACCACUAGAAAGAACUACUAUUACGUUGUACCUUUAAUGUCCGAUUCAGUUUCAACAGUGAAAUAUAUAGACAAAGAGAUGGGGUCCAAUUUGAGCAGACUGUUUUAUGGCAAAACUGCAUAAUUAAGUUCAAUGAUUAAUAGAUUCCAUCUAUACGUAAGAUACAUGGACGACACAUUUGUGACGAUAAUAUUGAGUUGGGAGAUAUCGUACACUCGUUUGACACAUGCUAGUCUUCACGUUAGAAAGCGAUGAGGAAGAGUCCCUUAAAAAGAUCCAUAUUUUGACUACAAACAUGGAAUGGCCAUCCGACCAAAUUCUACAGCUGAAUUCCUUUAAGCAGAAAGAGAAACCUUAUUUACCGAGUACAUCGGAUAUGUUAUACAGAAUGCAUUGAGGAAGAACUAUCAUUCCUCAGGAAGACUCCAACGGGAAAUCACUAUCCAGACCGCUUCAUAGAUAAGAAUAUGAAGAGUAGUUUUGACGGAAUCCGGUUGCUUCGUUUAUAAAAAACCAUAUAAAUUUGGAAUUUAGAGGUGACCGAACAUCUGAUGUAAUCAAAAAUCGGUUAACGACAGUGACAAAAAGAACAUUAUGCGGCAAAAGAGAAUAACGUUCACAAGUAGUAGCUUGUUUUCUGUAUCCAUAAACGAUAAGAUUUCCCGUCUGGUUGCCUCAAUGUGCAACAUCUACCAGUUUACCUGCUCUUGUGGAGUAAGGUACAUUGGCUGUAGCCAGCGCUCGCUUACAACUGACAUGGGAACAUUUCCUAAUGUGGUUCUACAAGGUUGAGAGGAAAACAGUUACAAGUUUCAUAUUUGAACAUAUAAUCGACUAUAAUCAUUCUACUGAUUCAUAGUUUGAUUUUAAGGUUGCAUAUACGAUUCGUCUAAAUCUAACUAGAUUUCGAAUCCAACUCCAAAAAAUAGCCGAAGCUCUUACUAUCCAUGACCUCAAGCCAGAACUAUACGUACAAAAAAAGUACAUCCUAUCGUUACCUUGGCCUUAUUAUUUUUUAUUAUCGCAUUUCUCCCUUUACUUAUGCAUCACAUUCUCAUUAUUUUAUUAAUAAUUGCUCAUAUCACUUCCUCUAUUACCUUUAAUUGCCUACAAUUACUGUAACAAAAACAUUCUAAUCAUCUUACUACAUUCAUGUAAUAAUUCGUUACUAACUCAUUAAGUCAAAUGUUAUUAUUCGUAUCACGUAAUCUAGUAUUAUAAUCUUUCUACUACAUCAUCUUUGUUAUUCCUUGUUCACAUUUCCUCACGGAACUAGUAAUUUUCAUAUUUAUAUACGAUUGUACCGCUUGAUAAUAAAUUCGUUGGAAAGAGAUCCCGUCGCUG